CGCGUGUACAUCGAUUGAAAGCUAUCCACGUCAUCAUUCUCCUUUCCUUCAAUGCUAUCCUAUGGGACGCUACGAGCGUGCAUCAGGGUCGAUGGACAAGCUUUGGAGAGCUAUGGAAUUGAGACGUUUCCAGAAGAAAAUAAGGUGACCUGUUGGAUUGCUUCGGAAGCAGGAAAGACGUUCUCUGUAGUAUGGCAAGAUAUCAACUAUGCACGCCAGUAUCACCAAACAGGAGAUGUGACACUCGAUGGCAUACAUGGAGGGGGUCAAUUAAUGCAUGCUUUAGGUUUCAAUGAGCCACCGACGUAUCAGAGAUGUACGGCAGAAUUCAAAUACGUCAACACAUCAAUGAAUUCCAUCCGUCCGCUUACCUUCUCGAGGCUUCAGCUGACGGAUGAAGAUAAACACCUGAAUUCUGCACACGCAGAUCUCGGAGAAAUUUCCUUGGCCAUCUGGCCUGUGAGUGUGAUUGGCAUGGGCCACCGAAAAAAUACAAUCUCUGCUAAGGGAACGAUAGUUCACGAGCGCUCAAAGAAGGCAUCAAGUCACUGUGUGGGGUUUGGAGAGGAGAUCCGUGUGCCACCGCAACAGGUAAUUAACGUGGCGCGCGUUGGAAUAACCCCCACGGCUACAUUUGUUUUCAGGUACAGACCAUUUGAUCGACUCGUGGCAGAUGGUAUUGCCCCGCCACCUAUGCAACCUUCAUGGGGAACCAAGCGUGAAGCUCCUGUAGACGUACCAGAAUCUGAAGAUUACAACGAUGGGACAGGCUCAGAUAUAGAUGAUGAAGCCUUGCGUGAGCUUAAUGCGCUGAAAGCACAAGUGAAAAGGCUCGAGGAAAGAAUAACCACUACCCGCAGUGCCAAGAGGGUAAAAUUGGAGUCCAGUGACAGCAUGCGGAGUCAGUGAGACGUUGAGAAGUAUCACUACCUUAUAGCGCACAC